GGAAAAGUCGGUCGUCGUUAUUUUCAUUUUUUAGGUGACGUGGAGUCGGUUCCCUUCGCUCAACCAAUUUAAUGUGUCUUUUUAAAUCCCAGCAAAACUGAAGAGAAGGGGUGCGAAGAGGCGAGUUCCUGGGCCUGGAGUCUGAGGAAUCCAGAGAGAACAGGCGCGUUUGAGACCACAAUGAAUGGAGCGAAAAAGCUUGUCCCGCGAGCAGCUGGCCAGAUGUUGCUCUUUGUAUUGUGCCUUUUGCCACAUUUCGGGUGGGCAGCAAACUUCAAGCAAGGGGACCCGGUUACUCUCUAUGUAAACAAAGUUGGGCCUUAUCACAACCCCCAGGAAACGUAUCAUUAUUACACAUUGCCUGUUUGCAGGCCGAAAGAGGUGCACCACAAGUCUCUGAGCCUGGGAGAAGUCCUGGAUGGAGACAGGAUGGCAGAGUCUCUCUACGACAUUCGCUUCAGAGAGAAAACAGAGAAAAAACAGCUGUGCCAGCUGACGCUCACAGAGAAAGAGGUGGACCAGCUCAGAGAGGCUGUGGAGGAGCUGUACUACUUUGAGUUUGUCCUGGACGACAUUCCGAUCUGGGGCUUUGUGGGAUACAUGGAGGAGAGCGGCUUCUUACCUCACAGUCACAAGGUGGGCCUGUGGACACACCUGGACUUCAACAUCGAGUACAACGGCGACUCUGUGAUCUUCGCCAACGUGUCUGUGAAGGACGUGAAGCCCGUGCCCCUGGAGGAGGCAGGCGGUGUGGGCGGCGGGCCGGGCGGGGGGCUGCAGGUCACCCACACCUAUAGCGUGCGCUGGUACGAGAGCCCGCUGAGUGCAGCGCGGCGCGGGGAGAGGCUGAGGGAUCACUCCUUCUUCCCCAAGACCCUGGAGAUCCACUGGCUCUCCAUCAUCAACUCCCUGGUGCUGGUGGUGCUGCUGCUGGGCUUUGUCAUCAUCAUCCUCAUGAGGGUGCUGAAGAAUGACUUCGCCAGGUAUAACGUGGAGGAGGAGGGGGGCUGUGAGGAUAUGGACCAGGGGGACAACGGCUGGAAGAUCAUCCACACAGACGUGUUCCGCUUUCCCCCCUACAAGAGCCUGCUGUGUGCCGUGCUGGGAGUAGGGGCUCAGUUCCUGACCCUGGCAACAGGUAUCAUUGUCCUGGCGUUGCUGGGGAUGUUCAAUGUGCAUCGUCAUGGCGCCAUCAACUCAGCUGCCAUCGUGCUGUACGCUCUGACGAGCUGUGUGUCUGGGUAUUGUUCCUGCGGCUUCUACACACAGCUCCACGGGCAGCGCUGGGUGUGGAACAUCAUCCUCACCUCCUCGCUCUUCUCCGCCCCCCUCUUCCUGACGUGGAGUGUGGUGAACUCGGUCCACUGGUGGAGCGGCUCCACACAGGCUCUGCCCGCCUCCACCGUGCUGCUGCUGCUGGGCGCCUGGGUGCUGGUGGGCUUCCCUCUCACCGUGAUCGGGGGCAUCGUGGGGAGGAACCGGGCCGGAAGCUUCCAGGCGCCCUGCCGCACGCGCAACAUCCCCCGGCAGAUCCCCCAGCAGCCCUGGUACAAGCACACAGCCGUGCACAUGGCCAUAGGGGGCUUCCUGCCCUUCAGUGCCAUCUCAGUAGAGCUGUACUACAUCUUUGCCACGGUGUGGGGCCGUGAGCACUACACGCUGUACGGCAUCCUGCUGUGUGUGUUUGCUAUCCUGCUCUCCGUGGGCGCGUGCAUCUCCGUGGCGCUCACCUACUUCCUGCUCUCAGGGGAGGACUACCGCUGGUGGUGGCGCAGCAUCAUGAGCGCCGGCUCCACCGGCAUCUUCAUCUUUGUGUACUCGCUGUUCUACUACCGGAACCGCUCCUCCAUGAGCGGGAUGGUCCAAAGCGCAGAGUUCUUCGGGUACUCGCUGCUCACAGCGCUGGUGUUCUCCCUCAUGCUGGGAACAGUGUCCUUCUGGGCAUCACUGGCGUUCAUACGCUACAUCUACCGCAGCCUCAAGAUGGACUAGUGCACACACACACACCUGAUAGAGGAAACAGUACAUUUACAUACACAUUCCCCAUCAUGUCAGACAGAAAACAGUACAUGUACACACCUGUGGGUGGGGGAGAGUCUGAGGCCUUCUGGGUGCAGCAGGAGACUCACCCCAUCAUGGUUGAAAAGGGACGUACAGAUGGUGAGGGGAGAUAAAGGGACGAGUGAAGCUACGUAUGAAUGACUUGUUCUGGGGUUCAGUGUGAUUGUAAAAUGGUGAUGGGCGCAAUAUUGACUUGUAUAUUACAGUCACCCUCAACUGUUGGUUCUGAUGUAAAUAUACAAUCUUUUCAAUAAAAACCUUUGUUACAAGA